AUGAAUGGUAAUACCAACCACCGGAUUUACUACAACGAGAGUUUUAGUGACAGCGACCGAAAUAUCUCACAAAUGUGUAAUUCGCCGGAAUGUGUGAGUGCCAACAUACCUGCGCCUCAACUUCGUUCAUCACCUAAACCGGAAUUUCAUUCUGUACUGAGCUUUUGGUCGGAUAUGGAGCAGGGAUCAAGUCGCUCUCUUCCUGCUAGUAUAUUGAAAUCUACUUUAACUAAUGGCUUCACGCGAUCUCGAUUAACUACAAUUCGCCCUGACUCAAGCACCCCCAGUGACGCGAAUUUCCUUGAUAACUCCACGAUCAACAAGCCAUUAUCAACGGGACUUCAAAAAACCACGAAUACUUCCGCACCUUCAAACCACUCGGAAGAGUCCUCGGACAUCGAUAAUAUUAGCGCAACUUAUGAAAUUUUUGUUCCUCCAAAGCCUCCAAAAAGUACAAAGCCAAUUACUGUUUGCAAUAAAAUAAACGGACAGGGAACUAUUUAUUCGGAGGUCCUUCGGUCUUCCAACCGUGAAUAUACUAAUAUUCCGACCACAACCAACUCCCAAAUUCGUUUAUAUACCACAUAUUCGGAGGAAAUUCCACCAGUUUUGCCUCCCAAGUCUCCACUACUGCGUCCGCUUUCGCGCAAUACUGAACGUGGGAAAUAUUCUAGAAAUGGCUAUCAAACAAUGCCCCACAUGAAUGGAGAUCGCUACAAAGUUUCCGAGUCACGGAUACCCAAUCGACCUCUAAAGUCUUCACUUGGAACGGCACCGACAUCUGUUGUCAACGGUAUCCCCACCAAUGAGUACCUCAAAAUUUCCACUUCUCAGUCCCCUGAAAAGUCACGAGGGGGUGCAGCCUUAAACUGGACAAAUUCAACAUACCGUGAUUGUGGGGUGUCUAAGGUAGAAACCCCUAUCCAACUUCAACAGGGGACGUCCUCUUCAGUGAUGCAGCAUCCGGUGAACCUUUUCCCGGUGCGGUAUCCAACCAUGAGCAUGACUCAUUCCACUGAGAGCGCUGCUACUCAGGGAUACAUUCCCAGGCCUCAUUCCAGUCUCAGUUCUCCGGGCAGGUAUAAGGUUGAGUCACUAAAGCAUACUACAUUAACACGAGGCGUGGGAAGCGUCGUUUCUAGCGUUUUCGACGGAAGCUCGAUAAAGCAGAAUGGGUACCAGAAUUUUUCGCCAAAUGCCCACUCUGAGUGGAGGAGCAUCCGUGCAAGUAAUGAUUUGAAAUAUCAACACCCUGCAGAGAUGACGUCAGCCAGAAGCCCAUGUGCAGCGGAGACGUCGGCUAGUCCGAACUGCACUGAUGAAAACCUCGUGGUUGUGCGUAUUCGUCCUAACGCAGAGGGUCAAUUCGGAUUCAAUGUGAACGGGGGGGCAGAUCUGAAUAAGCCCGUCAUUGUGACUCGAGUCGGCGAGGAGAUGCCUGCAGGCACCUGUUUCCCACGCCUUCAUCCCGGGGAUCAGGUGCUUCGAAUUAAUGGCCGCGAAAUCUCAGACCACACGCACCAGCAGGCAAUGGGAGUCGGGAAGUUACCUCUUCCGCGUUUUGGCCGACCACAAAGGUGGCUUCCGGGCUAUGUGAAUGGACUGUGGUUGGGCGAAGACAUUUGCGAUAUCCCCCGUUUCCGAUUAAAUAGUCUUCGGCGUGUGGUCAAUUUUAUUCGAGCUGCUGCUGAAAAUCAUUCGGGCGUGCUUGAACUAAUUGUGAAACCCAGUGGUAAGUGCCUUGUUGGUUGGGACCCAAUGUGCUUCAGCAGCCACCCAAAAUGUCGUUUAUCUGCAGAUUAUCUGGCGGAAAGUGCAACGGACGACCACCUGCCCGAAACUGGAGAUGCGCCUCCCCGUCCCCCCAAGAGCGCCAUGGCUGAACUGAAGGCUUCCGCGAACGAGUCAGCACAGGCACCUAUUUGGCUCCCCACUUCCGCAUUGGGCGUUGGUGGUUCCCCCAAGCACUACCUCUCUUCGCCUCCGGCACCACCAAAGGUUAACCCCAAACCACGAUUAGGUGGCUCCAGCACAUUGCGUUUAAAAUCCACUUCUGGAAGUGGACCGAAGAAAAUUCUUGUUUCAGACACUGAGAGAUUGCAUCAUUCGAUUCAGGCAAUUGAAAACGGCCUGGCUGAUGGAUCACUUAUACGUCAGUUUGAGUUGCUGGAGCGCAGAAAGUUAACUGCCACAAUGCUCGAUGCUAAGUCCUAUGAAAACCUCCCCAAGAAUCGUUAUCGUGAUAUCUCUCCAUAUGACCAGACCAGAGUUAGGAUUGAAGGCGUCACAGGAGAUUACAUCAAUGCCAGUUUCGUAAAGAUGUCUAUUCCCAAGGCGAAUCUUCAGAAGGAGUAUAUUGCGGCCCAAGGCCCCCUUCCAAACACGUGCCUCGACUUUUGGCAAAUGUGCUGGGAACAAAAGAGUGAACUUAUUGUCAUGCUCACCUCUGUGCAGGAACAGGGAAGGUUCAAGUGCCACAAGUACUGGCCAGAUCCCAAAAACACAUUCGAGUACACAUGGAACCAACCAAAGUCGUCCAUAAAGGCAUCCCCCACAUCUGGAAAACGUUUUCAACUGCGGAUUUCAAACAUCAAGGAGGAACCGAGGAAGGAUAUAUUCUACAGGGAGUUCCAGCUCCAGAGGACCGUUUCAACAGCCAAUUCUUUUUCAACCCACAAUUCUCCCCCCAGUACUUAUCAUCUGCGCGUUAUCCCCUUCACGGGUGACAAAACCUCCUCUCCUGAAGCAGGCGAGAUACGGCGAGUAGUGCAGCUUCAAUAUGUCACAUGGCCCGAUCAUGGCGUGCCUGGAGACUGCGGUGAUUUGAUAGAAUUUGUUGAACAAAUGCGACAGCUACGAGGCGAGAUCAACUCUGUGCCUGCUGUGGUCCACUGUUCGGCAGGGAUCGGACGCACUGGCGUUGUCAUCCUUCUUGAUACUGCUGUUGACAUGAUCCGUGCCGGAUCUCCGGUUGACCCUCUCGAGAUGGUUCAUCAAAUGCGGAAUUACAGGGAAAUGCUGAUUCAAACACCGGCCCAAUUCGAAUUCGCUUGCGAGGCCAUUGUGAAAUACUACUCAGGUAACUUAAUUCAGUUUGUAAUUUCUUAA